AUGAUGCCACCAUUCGAUAGCUCCGCAAUGGCAGCUAAUAUCUACCACACCGGCAUUACAUUCAGCAUCGAUCUCGAAGUCAACAAGGACUUUGAAACAAUCGCUGCUGGGAUGUUGAAACUUUACCAGCGUGACCUAAUCCAAAAUGAAGGUUUGACAUCUACCGUUCAGGUCGAAGACCGGUGGAUUGCUGUGGAGAAUGUCACUCGCCUUCUUCUUGCCAUGUUUGGAAUUGGAAUGAAGAGCUGGUCAUUUUCUUAA